AUGCGGUCACGUAAAGUGAACCUCAGCACUAUGAUAUUCCUGAUGAUCCUGCAGGGGGCAGCAAUGAUGCUAUUAUUCAGCUGGUAUAUGGAGUUCAGUCACGGUGGUCAUGCACCCUCAGAUCGCAAAGUCCACGUUCUGCUGCUGUCAUCAUGGCGAUCUGGCUCCUCCUUCCUGGGUCAGGCGUUCAGUCAGCACCCGUCUGUGUUCUACCUCAUGGAGCCUGCUUGGCAUGUGUGGAACAUACUGUUUGAUAAAGGUUUGAAAGUGCUUCGUAUGGCUGUGAGGGAUCUGUUUCGUGGCAUGUUUCAGUGUGACUUCUCUGUGAUGGAGGCUUACCUACCAGAACAGCACAAUGUCUCCGCCUUGUUCAUGUGGUUUGAGAGUCGAGCCUUGUGUUCACCACCUGCCUGUCCUCUCACACCACGAAACCAGCUUAGCAACCAGACUAGGUGCAAGAAGGCAUGUGAUGCUCGGGGUCUCCAGCUGGCACAAGAUGCCUGCAGCACUUACAGCCAUGUUGUUUUAAAGGAGGUGCGAUUUUUGGAGCUAGAAUCCCUCUAUCCACUCUUGCAAGACCCUCACUUGGAUAUCCGCAUCAUUCACCUGGUUCGAGACCCCCGGGCUGUUUUGAGGUCUAGGGAAGCUGUUGCUGAAGGCCUUGCAAGAGGUAGUGCCAUCGUGUUAGAGCAAAAGAACAUCCCAACAGUUGAGUUACAAUAUAAAGUCAUGCAGGAGAUCUGCCGCAGCCACGUUCGCAUAAAUGAGAGGGCCAUCCUGAAGCCUCCACCUUUUCUUGAGGGCCGCUACAAAAUGGUCCGUUAUGAGGAUGUAGCUCGCAACCCACUCGAGGAGAUGAAUGACAUUUAUGAGUUUGUAGGUCUGGAAAUGACUCCAGAGUUGGGAGAGUGGAUCUACCAUGUGACCCACGGGAGGGGCAAAGGCAGCCAGAGAGAGGCCUUCAAGAUUACAUCAAGAAAUGCUGCUGAUGUGUCCCAGGCUUGGCGUAGCACGCUACCACAUGAAAAAGUCAAACGAAUACAGGAAGUGUGUAAGGGAGCCAUGUCAUUGCUUGGGUACAGGACAGUUGACAGUGAGGAAGAACAGAAAAGCCUGGAAAUCGACCUUCUGGUACCACGGGAACUGAUUUAA